AUGUCAACACCAUCACCUAGUUUCGACGAAUUUUGUACUCUGCUAGAAAGGCUUUCGAAGGCUAAAUCAAGCGAAAAGUAUGAUCUGUUACAAAGAUAUCGAAAGAGUUGGAUCAACAAUUAUGGAACGGAUAUGUACGACGCCGUUCGCUUAUUGUUUCCAAGAGGCGACGACGAGAGGAAGUAUAACUUGAAGGAAGAUCGUUUAGCUUCAUUGCUGGUGAAGGCGUUGAACAUUGAUCCCAACUCUAUUGACGGAACCAGACUUCGAAAAUAUAAAGUACCCUCAGCCCACAACAGAACCCCAGGAGACUUCAAUACCAUUGCCCGCGAAGAAAUCAAAAAACGCUCCACAGUUCGUUCAUCAACCAUGACUGUCAGGGACGUGAAUAAGUAUUUAGAUGCUUUAUCAGAAAAAUACAGAGCACAAGACGAUCAGUUGACCAUCAUUCGAAAUAUGCUAAGAUAUUUCACUGCACGUCAAUUGGAUUGGAUCAUACGUAUAAUUUUGAAGGAUUUAAAAAUCCACUGUGGUGAGAAAGUGAUUCUUAAUGCUAUCAGACCAGGUAGCUAUGAUACUUGGGUUACGAACAAUUCAUUACGAGAAAUAAGUCAGUUGGGUUCAUUCAUGACAGAGAGUGAUGCGAUGAGCAGGGGCGGACACAGACAUGAAUUGAGAUUGUUCGAUAAAUUUCUUCCUCAACUGGCAGCUCAGUACGCCGACGAUUUAUUAGAGAAGUUCAAUAAGCCCUUUUUUAUCGAAAAGAAGAUUGAUGGCGAGCGUGUUCUCAUGCACUAUGACAAGACGAUCGACCGGUUUUUAUGGCACUCCAGGAAAAGACUUGAAGAAAACUUUCUGUAUGGAUCCACAGCCAAAGAUAUGACGAAACUAGCAGGGCAUAUUUGUGAUGGUUUAUUGAUAAAACAAAACAUUAUUUUAGAUGGAGAAAUGGUAGGAUAUCAUCCAGAACAAGGAAUACAUCUCCCGUUUGGAACCUUAAAAGAAGCUGCAAGGAACGAUUUAACAAAUACAGCCCUUCCGCAUCCCAGCUAUAUUGUCUUUGAUAUUUUGAUGAUUGACAACACUCCACUCAUCAACUUUAGUUUUGAAGACAGGCUGAAAGUAUUAGAACAGCAUAUACAACCUCAGGGCAAAUAUAUGGAGUUCAUAGAUCGUAGAAAGAUAAGCACAAAAGAGGAGUUGUUACAGCAAUUGGACGAAGUUAUUCAAAAACGUGAAGAGGGUUUGGUGUUAAAAGAUACAAAGUCAAUCUAUCGCAUUGACAAACGAUCGCAAGGAUGGAUAAAAUUGAAACCAGUGUACAUGGAUGCCAUUGUUGAAGUCUGUGAUUUACUUUUGGUUGGCGCCACCUACGGUCACGGACGUAGAGGAGGAAAGUACGGAAGUUUGCUUUGUGCUGUAAGAGAUGAUAGAAUACCUGAAACGGAUCCACCUAGAUUUGUAACAUUCACACUCGCUGGAGGUGGACUCAGAGAGGAAGUUUACAGAGAAUUAGACCAUCUAAUAAAAUCAGCUACCAAACAUGAUCCGAAAAAUAUUCCAGAAUGGUUAAUCCAUCCUAUACGCGGAGGCGAACCUUUCAGCAUACUUAUUGAUUAUCAAGACUCUAUUGUUGUAGAGGUUCGAGGUGUCGAAAUUGUCCCGUCACAAAAGUUCGGAAUGGAAUUAACGCUACGGUUCCCUACUUUUCUGAAAAUUCGACCUGAUAAAGGAUGGAAUGAUGUUUGGACUUAUUCAGGAGUUAUUGAUGCAAAAACUCAUGGCGGCAUGGGAAGAAGAAGAUCUACUGAAGACCACGAUGGUGCAAAAAGGAUUAAAAGGACCAGAGGUACAAACUUAUUGGAAAGUCAGAAAGGGAUCGACACGAGCGACGUAGAAGUAGAAGGAAAUAUUUUCAACGAUAAGGUUUUCUACGUUAUUACAGGAACAAAACAGAAUGAAAACGAAUCAGGAGGUUAUACGAAGUAUGACUUAUGCAAAAAAAUUAGAGCCUUUGGCGGAAGAUUUAUCUUGAAAGCGACGCCUGACGCAAUGCUUAUUGCGGGAAUAAAAAAUCGUGAGGUUCAGGGUUAUAUCGAAAUCAGAAGGACUCAGGAUAUUGUUAAACCAAGUUAUAUCAUCGAAUGUAUUGAAAAGAAGCGGUUAUUGCCCUUAGAACCAAAGCACAUGCUUUAUAUAUCUCCUCGUACUAAGGAAGAAUUCUCAAGAACAAGAGAUGAGUACGGGGAUAGUUACGCUACGAAAAUCCGUGAAGGCGAAUUGCAAGAGAUAAUGAACAGAAUGGACGAAAAAGAUAUGGAUGACUCGGUGUCAAGAAAUUUAGCUUUAGAAACCAUACACCGUUACUUUCCCGAGGGCCUUCCUGGAAUGCUGUUCAUAAGAUCGCUCGCCUAUUUUGAUUUUGAUACGACCAUACCAUCUAAUCAUCUAUCUCCUAUUACAUUUGAAUGGGUUACGUGGAAACGAAGCAAAGAAGUGAUGGAGCUAUACAAAGCUCGGUUUGAAUUUCAAGGCGGAAGGAUUGCUGCAGCUGUAUCCGACCCGAAUAUUACACAUAUUAUAGUGAAUAAGGACGACUUGACUAGAAUAGAACAGCUUGGAAAAAUAUUUAUGAGGGAGCCUCUUCCUCGCUUUGUCACUUUCCAGUGGAUUGAUGACUGUUUGACAGAAGGAACCCUGCUUGAUGAAGAGCGUAAGCACCUAUUUCUGCAGAUCUAUCCAUUUACAGCAAAUACCUAA